AUUUUCCUUUUUACCAUGUUUUCCUCUUUACCAAUUGUUUCCCUCUUGACCAAUUGCUUUCAUCUUUACCUAUCGUUUUCCUCUUUACCAUUAUUUUCAUCCUGACAUCCUUGAUCGUCAUCACAUCCUUGAUAGUAUCUUCUUUAUCACAAUAACAUCAUCAUGGCUUCUGAAAAGAAGACAGCAUUUCCAACUGAAGCUAUUAAAGCUCAAAAACAAUCUGGUACUGGUCUUGAUUCAAAACUUGAACCACCACCAAAUUAUACCCAACUUGAACAUUUUGAUACUCAUACUGGUGAACCUAGUUUACAUGAAUACAAAGGAUCUGGUAAACUUUUGAAUAAAACAGUUUUGAUCACAGGUGCUGAUUCAGGUAUUGGUAGAUCUGCGGCAAUUUUAAUGGCUCGUGAAGGAGCAGAGGUCUCAAUAGUUUAUUUACCUCAAGAAGAAUCUGAUGCUCAAGAAGUUAAAACUCAAAUCGAAAAAGAAUCGGGAAAGAAAGAUUCAUGUCUUUUAUUACCACUUGAUCUUAUGAAACGAGAGAAUUGUUUUACUGCAGUGGAAGAACAUGUUAAAAAGUUUGGUAGAAUCGAUGUUCUUAUCAAUAAUUCUGGCCGUCAAGAUCUUUGUGAGAAAUUAGACGAUAUCGACUUGGAUCAAGUCGAGCGUACCUUUCGUUUAAAUAUUUUUGCGAUGUUUGCGAUCACUAAAGCGGCCUUACCUCACAUGCGACGAGGUAGCAGUAUUAUCAACUCGACUAGUGUAGCAGCAUACAACGGUAACCCAACAUUAGUAGAUUAUUCAGCUACAAAAGCAGCUAUUGCGACUUUCACCAAAUCACUUGGUCUUCAACUUGCACCUAGAGGAAUUCGAGUGAAUGCAGUGGCACCUGGUAUAAUUUAUACUGCACUGCAAGCUGCUACUGGUGGACAAGAUCCAGAGACAGUAAAAGCGAUUGGAGUAGAUGCUGCACCACUUGGUAGACCAGGUCAACCUUCUGAAUUAGGUCCAAUGUAUGUCUUUUUGGCUUCUGCUGAAAGUUCUUAUUGUACUGCUGCUGUAUUUCAUGUUACUGGUGGAGUUGAAGUUGCUAGUUAAAAGAAGAAGAUUGUAUCGGUAAACUGAUGGACAUAUUUUAUAAAAGUAUUGCUAAAGAUGUAUGAAGAUCAUCAUAUUUAUCAAAUUACUGACUUACAAUGUAGUACCUUGAUACUUGAAAUGAG